AUUCACCUGGACCGCUGAUUGGUUCACGACGCUCAUCCGGGUACUGCGCUGGAACGAGCCCAUUAGCUAAAGGUACCAAUAUGGCGGAGGCUUCCCUAGGGAGUUCAAGUCCAGUUGGCUCUUUAUCAUCGGAGGACCAUGACUUUGACCCAACUGCAGAAAUGUUAGUCCAUGAAGAUGAUGAUGAGAGGACUCUGGAAGAGGAAGAGUCACGAGAAGGAGGAAGGAAUUUUAGCUCUGAAAUCGCAGAUCUUGAGAAGGAGGGUAACAUGCCAUUGGAAGAGCUUUUGGCAAUUUAUCGCUAUGAGGCUUCAGCCGGUUCCAGUAUAGACAGUUCCUCUGGAGAUCUCACUGAUGAGCUCCCAGAUAUGACUCUGGACAAGGAGGAAAUUGCAAAGGAUCUGUUGUCUGGCGACUACGAGGAGGAGACGCAGUCAUCGGCUGACGACCUCACUCCAUCUGUUACUUCACACGAGGCCACAGAUUUCUUCCCUCGAACUCUCAGAUCCAACGCCAUCUCUGAUGGUGAUAAGGAGUCAGAGUGUGAUGAUGAUGGUCCCAGUCCGGAAGAUUCCAGAAAGGAAAUAAUGGUGGGGAUGCAAUACCAGGCCGAUGUACCCUCAUGUCUGUGUCACUACAACGAUGGAGAGAAAGUGUAUGAAGAUGAAGAUGAGCUAAUGUGGAGUCCAGGUGUUCUGCCCGAGAACAAGGUUCGGAGUUUCCUGUCAGACACGUUGUCUCGAACAACAGAAGAAAAGAAUGGAUGCGACAAACCAGGCGGGCACAUACGAGACAACGAGCAGGCUUUGCAUGAGCUUGUUAGGUGCAACUACAACACACGUGAAGCUUUGGAAAGAUACUGCAGCCGCGUCAAGAGUUGUAAAGAAAAAUCUCCGCCAUGGUCAGAGGAGGAGUGUAAGAGCUUUGAGCAUGGCCUGCAGUUGUAUGACAAGAACUUCCACCUCAUCCAGAAACACAAAGUCACAUCGCGGACUGUCGCAGAAUGUGUGGCGUUCUACUACAUGUGGAAGAAGUCAGAGCGCUUCGACUUCUUUGUUCAGCAGAAUCGGUUCGGGAAGAAAAAGUACAGCAGCUACCCGGGUGUUACCGACCUGAUGGACAGGCUGGUGGACGAAGCCGAGGGCCUGGCUGUGGACAGCUCAUCGUCUGUGUGCUCAGGGGCUGGUGGUGGAGGCAGACUGGAGGCCACCACGGACCAGCAACUCAGUCUUCUCAACUCCAUCACGGCCAGCGACCUCACAGCGCUCAGCAACACGGUGGCGACGGUGUGCAGUCCGGCGGAGGUCAACUGUCUGGACUCGUACAGUUUCCCUCCCCUGGAGAGUCUCCACCGCGCCUCGCUGACUCACGAGGAGUCGCUGGGCUUCCCUCCCAACGGCGCGGACAGCGACUGCCUCAACAUGCUGGAUGCCGGCUUCUACCACUCGGACCUGGGCCAGCUGGGCGGCGUGUGCGUCAACAAGGACUGCGAGCGGCCGUCCAAGAGACUCAAGAUGGCGCUGCCCGACUCCUUUAUCAACGACAUGUCGGUGGGGAACCUGGGCGUGGACUUUGAAGCGCGACGGACAACGACACACCACCGGAUCACCGGGGCCAAAAUGGCAGUGUCCGUCACAGACUUCGGGAGCUUGGCCGGCAGCGGCGAGCCCAACGGGUUUUUGGGAGCACACGCACGGCAUCACACGCAGCACACUGCAGCACUUCAGUCCGAGUGAUCUUCCUCCGCCCCUUUUGAAUCUCGCCUGUACAUAAAGACUGACCUCACAAGUGUUUUGUUCCGAUUCUACUACACACACAAACAUGACACAUACACAUAACACACAUACACCUCACUAUAUAUAUAUAUGAAAAUACUUUUGUUUUCAUUUUUGUGUACUAUGACAUCAGUGAUGUCUCUCAUUAUAGAACUAAAUCUUGAUUUCUCUCAAGAGUAUAUAGCCAUUUGUUUUAAGUUUUUUUUUUUGUCUUGUAUCGUCCAGCGGGGCCCAGACGGCUGCACCAGGAGAGGCGUGUGUCUUCCUCACACGUACACACACACAUGCGCGCGCCUCUCCAAAGCUACACUUUUAUAUCCUGCCAUUUGUUUUUUCAGCUGCCAAAAGCUUUGUAGUUUCUGCCUCUCGUUGUUUGAAGUGGUACUUUUGUUCAUUCUCCAGCUAGUGUUUGGUUUACAGGUACUUUUUAAAAGUCCGAUUGGGUUUAAGGUGUAAAGUUAAGGUUUAGAUUCUCAGUUCGGUUUUAGGUUGAGUAGUUACUGAAACAAGUCCGCCACAGUUGAGCUCACCAUCAUGGCGUUAUUUAUUUUUUUGUUUUUAUUUGCUGAUCCCAGUUUUAUACCUAACAGGAAGUCUGAUCUUGAUUUUAACGUUCCUGUCAAAGUUCUUGAAUUGGUCACGUGAUCCUGCAAGUGAGAUUUAGUUUUCAUCGUGAAACCUGAAACAGUUUUGAUGAUAGAUAUGAUUGUUUGAAGCAUCAACAUCUCUCCAACUUCAGUCAGGAAUCAAGUGAAUUGGCUUUUUACAAAUGUUAUGCAAGUUUUUUUUUUCUUAACAACACAGAACAUCCUUAUUUUAGUGGUUUUUAUUUUGACGAAACACUACUAGUUGGCUCCAAAUUUUAACUAGAGGUCAGCAGAAGCAGUUGAGGCUUGGACAGUUUGAAACUCCGAAAUGUGUCCAUUGUUUAGGAGUGGAUUAAGCUAACAGCAACAAACUGCAGGUUUUUUUUUUUUUUAAUUUUUUUUUUUAGGAUUGCGAAGUUGCUUCCCCCCCUCACUUUGGCCAGAUAUGUGUAAAGUGAAGUGUAAAUGUCUCUUGCUUCUUCUGCCUGUUUGGGAAACCCUGCAACAGUAUUAUAUAUUUAUUUAAAUCCACUCUGACGUCGUGUCGACUUGUCUUGCGAGCGUACCAGGUCUAGUAGCAACAGGUGAAAGCAUUUUUGUUUUUCUCUUUUUUUUUUGACUGACAUGCUUUUAGCGGGUCGGACGGUUGGAUGCAGUAGUGUUUACUUAAUUUAUCUAUGCAUUGUGAUACGAGCAAACGAGUUUGUUUCAGGGGUACGUCAUGUUUCUAUGGUCCAUAUUUGAUCUGUGUACAGACGGGGACGUUGUGUCCCUGUGAUAUUUAAGUUUCCAUCAGCUUUCUAGCCUGAUGGCUUUUCUUUCUCUUGUAAAUAUUUAGCAAAUAGCCUUUAAAAAGUCUAUUACCUGACCUCUUUGGUGUUGAGACAAAGUUUAAUUUCUCCAGAUGGCCAUAUGCUGUAGAUAUGUACAGACUCCAUUUCUUUCCCCUUCCUCAUCAGGACACGGCGAAAAACCACGCAUGCUAGCUGUGUUCUCUGACUUCAGCCCAAUGCUGCCAUUUUUUUUUUUUUGCUCUACAUGUGUUAAAGAUCUUUCCUCAAAACUAAAGUCUUUAAACACUCUGGUCUGGGUGGUCGAGGGGCGGCUGCUGUCUCUUUUCUUUCCAUUCAGGUGUAAUGCAGUAGGUCCUGGAGCCGUCGCGGCUUUAGACGUGAUAUUUAUUUCACCUGUGGUGUGUACAGACGCAGAGAAACUGUCGGAAUGUAAGAGGCCAACACGUCGUAGAAGUAGUUUCUUUCCACCCUGUGAAUUCUCCAAAAUGUGAUAUUUAAUUGAUCUCUCUGGUGUGAGUGUGUGCGUGCGAGUGUGUGUGAAGGCACUAAACAAAUUUUUAUUUUGUAUCGUGUUUUGAAGUUUAAAAGAGGAGAAGCGGUUUUUCGGAGUUCAAAGGAAACCUCUGUGAAUAAAAACAGACCUUACAAAAGUUAAAGUGUAUAUCCAGAUAUAUAGACAAUCAAAGCGUCACUAUGAGAAAUGUUCCAGAAGCUAUCUUUAUUGUUUAUAAGAAUUGUACAUAAACAUUCAUUUUGUUUUUAGUUUUUCCUUUUUUUGGUUAAACAUUAUUUUGUAUUUUCUGUUGUACUUUAAUACCUUGUGUACAGAUCCAGAAAUAAAGCUCUGGAAAAAGUU